ACGAUCAUCCCGAUCAAUCUGCACCCACAAUGGAAAAUUUUGACAUUUCUGAUCUGUGCCACCCAUUGUGGGUGGGUGGUACAUUGGAAGUGUUGCACGUUGGUAGCAGUGAUGGCUUGUCAUUCCAUGAGACGAUGGGCAGUGAGGGAGGAGAGCUGAGUGCUGGCAGUGUGAGCAUUACUGUUCCAGCGGGUGCCGUUCAAUCACCAACACAAUUCUCCAUUCAUUCAUUCAUGCAUGAUAAGUAUAUGCCUCUCGUCUCUGCUAGUGGCUACCAAGUGGUCAGUCCAGUUAUUUUUCUUGGUCCCCAUGACGUCUCAUUCAGCAAGCCAAUCAAAGUGUGUAUCAACACCAUAGCCGAUGUGACUUCAGCAGGCGUGUUGUUCACUCUGAUUAGAUGUGAAUCAAGACUCGAUGAGACGAAGUGGAGAUGGCGUGAUGUGGUAGUGUAUUCUCCUGAUACUCAGGAAGUGAAGUCACGCAUUCCAUUUGAUCCCAACAGCUGGUCAGUAGAGGUGACCAGUUUUAGUGGGUGGGUGUGGCUUGUUAGUUUUAUUAAGAGCCCAACCAUUUUAUUCAGAAGGAAGAUGGGAUGUGUAGUUCUUGGUCGAAGUCUCUCUUGCAAAUGGUCAUUGUCUGUGCAUCUUUUCAAUUCAUAUGAAGAAAUUGGUCAGAAAAUUAUUCGUGACCAUCAAGGACAUGUAUCAUUGCCUGCUAUCCUGAUGUGUCCAGUGAGAGAGAUCAAAGUUCGUAAGCAAGGUUAUGUGGUUAUCAGGCCCCAACAUGGCUCAGAAUUGUCAUUGUGUCGAGGUGAUGCAGAAGUUCAGUAUCCAACCAAAUAUUUGUGGGAUCAACCAUUUGAUCACGAUCAUUGCUUCACAUUUGAGGUUGAAAUCAAUGGCCCUCAUCCUGAUAGUUUAGUUGUGCCUGUUCGUGUUGAGUACAUCAGACAAGGUGAAGUGCAGUUCUACUUCACACUGGAAGCAGUUCACAGACUGUCCAAAUCAGCUGAUUCAUCAAAUUCCAGUUUACCUUCUCACUCUCCUUCUCUUCCAGAUGAGGAACAGGAAGCAUUCUACUUCUGUAGUGAAGAGGGUCUACAUUCUUCUGGCUCCACAUCUUCAUCAACAGCAACAAGGGAUAGAUCUUUAUCACAAAGUUUGUUAUUUACAUUUGGAUCAGUUAAGUUUGUUUCACAAUUGUUUGUGUAAUGACAUGUAGGAUCAAUAAUACAACAACCUGCCAAUGUACACACUGUCAGUCAAUGUGGUGUUGGCCCCAGUUAUAGCAAAGUUCAAGAGAAAAGCUCAUUGCUAGUUCGUCUUCCUGUUGGAAGUGAAGUUCCUUACACAGGAUGUACUUUCCGGUAC